CGCUUAAAGUAGGGGGUUUAGUGUUUUAAAGAUGCUAUCGCGGCGAUGCCCCUGACAAGGCACCAUCGUCACAGUCAGUCUGAUUCUGCUUGUCCACCUGAAAAUGUUCCUUCGGUUACUUCUACUUCUGCUCCUUUGGGGAGAGCGAAGCUCCUUCGCCAGCGAAAACUUUGUGCAGCCCUCGCACCUGGCUAAUUUUUUGGACAGGAUCGGGCGAGUGCACCGCCUGCAUGCCAUCUCCAUUGUGAACAGCCUGGAGUCGGUCACUUCCAGCUAUCUUGAUGAACUGCAUCGCCAGCUACGAGACAACAGCAGCAACCACUUCUACCUGCUGCCGCAGAUGACGGCUACGGAUGAGGCGGCGACCCCUUUGCGGUUUAGCCGGCUGCAGGAUGAGGAAUCGCUGUACGUGGUCUUUGCGAGGGAUACCAAGGAUGCGGUAAUUGAGUUGCAGGCGCGCCGAGCUCGAGGCAGGCGCUACUCCAAGACCCUGUUCAUGCUUAAGAGCCGGGAGUCGCCAUCGCGAGUGGCGCACUUUUUCGAACUGCUUUGGAAGCUGCAGUUCCGCUCUGCCCUGGUGGUGGUGGCCAAGCGAAAGUUUUACCAAAUGGACCCAUAUCCCUCCAUUCGGGUGAUUCGCAUGCGUAGGCUGUCCACAUAUGAUCCUCAUCAUCUUUUUCCCCUGCCCAAUCGACGGGACUUCAGGGGCUAUCGGCUGCGCCUGCCCGUGCAGCAGGAUGUGCCGAACACGUUUUGGUACAGGGAUCGCCACCAGUCGGACGCUUGGCAGCUGGACGGAGUGGGAGGGAUCUUGGUCAACCAUCUGAUGGCGCACCUAAAUGUGUCGCUGGAGCUAUUCCCUCUCGUGGUGAACGGUUCCCAGUUGUUGAACAUGGCCACGCUCACGCAACUUAUUGUCCAGGGGACGGUGGAGAUGAGCCCGCACCUGUACGACACUCUGCAUCCGAACAGCCAGGUGGACUAUUCGUAUCCCGCCCAGGUGGCGCCGCGCUGUUUCAUGAUCCCCCUGGACAACGACAUUUCGCGCAGCCUGUAUGUCUUCCUGCCCUUCACCUUGACGCUCUGGCUGUGCCUGCUGCUCACCCUGCUGCUGGUGCACUUCCUCUUUGUGCGUCGCGUGAUGCCGGACUCGCACCUCUGGAAGAUACUCGGAGUACCGGGAGCAGGGAAGGCUGGAUACCGGAAGCGCAAGCCGGGACGCGCUUUUUGCGGCCUGAUUAUCGUCUUCGGGAUAUUCAUCCUGUGCCAGUCGUACAGCACCAAGCUCACCUCCUUUCUGGCCGUAACUCUUACCCGUCCGAAUGCCGGGAGCCUGGAGGAGCUGUUCCGGCUGCCCUACCGCAUCCUGGUGCUGCCUUCCGAUGCGGACGCCAUCGUGGGCUCCCUGGGACAUGGUGAGCAGUUCGCCGCCAAGUUCACCUUCACGGAUCUGGAGCACUUUGACGCAAAGCGAAUCUCGCUGGAUAUGAAGUACAUAUAUCCGAUUAGCCGGAUACGCUGGGAGUUCUUCAACCUGCAGCAGCGCUUUCUGCGCAAGAAACGCUUCUUCUUUUCGCGGCUGUGCCACGGCACGUAUCCCUUUCAGUACCAGCUGCGGGUGGACUCGCACUUCAAGGACGCCCUGCAUCGCUUCCUGCUGCACGUGCAGCAGGGCGGACUGGCAGAUCGCUGGAUGGAGACCUGCUACCGGCGGGCCCAUCGCAUGGGCUACCUUAAGGAUUUCUCCACGCUGGCGGAGAUGGAGGAGAAGUUGAGGCUCCGUCCGUUGGCCCUCAACAUGCUGGCGCCUGCCUUCAGUCUGUUUCUGUGCGGACUGCUGGGCAGCGGCAUUGCCUUCGUGGUGGAGAUCCGCCAGAGCUUUUGGUGCAGACAAAGGCCACCUAACCGCCACACUAACCGCCCGCCCGCAGCCCCGGGGAUUAGGGGAUUAAUAUUAAUGCAUCCGAAGUAGCUCAUCCCUAACUAGAAACCAAGAAACCCACCCACCCACGUCGCAACUGAAUCGAAUAUCAAGUCUAAUCUAACUUUCGUAUGAUUCACAUUAUUAUUCCCCCCACAACACCCACAAUCCACGAACGAAUGAACCCAAUCGGACCACCUAACCGAACGAACCGAAAUUUGCAACCAUCAUUCAACCAUCAUCGAAUCCCAUCGA